AAUGCACCUGUGUGGGGAUUAGAAUAUUAUCCUAAACAAACACAACCACCAGUGCCACCACCACAUAUCACAAAAGCCAUCGUCAUCGCCCGCUUCGCUCCCAGACAGUGUGGAUUCCACAGCUCCGAAGAUUCAUGGAGGGGUCUCAACCACAACCAGUACCAGGCUCCGAAGAACAAGUCCCCACAGUCGAUGUCUUCGCAGCCAAGGCCCUCGUCGCUUCCGGCUACCGAUAUCUUGACGUCAGGACGGAGGAGGAGUUCAAGAAAGGCCGCGUGGAUGCAGAGAACCCCCUAAACAUUCCGUACAUGUUUAACAGUCCCGAAGGAAGAGUGAAGAAUCCUGAAUUUAUGGGGCAGGUGUUGUCGGUCUGUGACAGGGAUGAUCCUCUAGUUGUGGGAUGCCAAUCUGGAGUCAGAUCUCUCUCUGCAACAAAUGAUCUUCUUAAUGCCGAUUUCAAGCGUGCAUAUAACAUGGGAGGGGGAUACGUUGCGUGGGUGGAGAACGGGCUUCCAGUGAUCAAGUCGGAGCAAACAGAAGCUGUGGCGCUUUGAUUCGGUUUAGGAUAGUGAUUGUUAGUCCAAAAAUUAUGUUCACUCAUGUGAUUUGGACUAAAAUAUCACUAUUUUUGUAUCUAUGUUUUUAUUGAACGUCACAAAUAGACAUUAUGUUCAACCUUUAAUUUCUGACUAUUUGUAUAAAUAAACACAAUAUCGAAUCGGAAUUAUGAGUUAUUAACUUAA